AUCAAGAUGAAUUAUUCAUUUGCUACAGAUUCAAGUUAUGAAGAGCAUAUACAAGAAAUCGUUGGAUUCUUAUCUAGACAGUUAGCUGAGAAUGAUAAGAAUAACUUUAUUGAAAUUUACCAAAAUAAGCUUAUAGAUUUGAACCAAGAUAAAAAAGUUGAAAUCUUAGAUAGUCUAUUGCUUGAUAUUAAAGGUUUAGGUUUAGGUAGUUGGUCCGAAAUUGAAGGAUUUUUUAACUUAGUCGGUUAUUUGAUCGUUGAUUUAUUCGAAAAAUCUAAAGUUGAAACAACUUAUAAGGAAUUAAUCAAUAAGUUAGCAAUCACUAACUCAAUUGAUAAGAAGUUAUUAUUAUACAAGGUUAUUUAUAACUUAAUAAACAACCUCAGUCAAGAGUAUUCUGAAUUAAGACUUGAGUCAUAUAAGCAAUUAUUAGAAUUAUCAAUAAAGAACAAUGAUUUACAGUUCGUUUUACAAGAUUAUAAUUUGGUUAGUGAUUUAAAUGAUCCUCAUUUCUUUUUGACAAUAUCAAACUAUUACGAUCAAUCAAAUUUGAAUAAAGAAUCUUUAGACUAUUUAAUCAAAUAUUUAUCUUUCAAUGAAAAUGACAAUAACCAAUCUAAACUUCUCAUCAAGAAAGUUUUAGAGGAUAAGGAAAAUUUUAGUCUCGCUCAACUACUUGAAUUAAAGGCGAUUAUUAAUGUUGAACAAUCAACUGAAUUCAAUUUGCUAUCUUCAAUCAUAAAGUUAAAUGAUGAUCAAUUUAAAAAAUCAAUUGAUCAAUUAGAUAUUGACAAAGAAGUGGUAAAUCACAAAUAUUUAUUAAUAAAGCUCAACAAUUAUUGCUCCAACUUCAUUGGUAAAGACAUUGCAUAUGAUGACAUUUCCACAAACUUCAGGAUUGAGAUAAACCGCGUUGAGUUAUUGUUGAUCGAACUUAUUAAAUCUGGUUUGACAAUUGCUAGACUCAACCAAUCAACCAAGACUUUCAAAGUCAGUCACUCUAACAAGUUGAUGAUAGAACAACAGGAUUGGUUAAAUAUUAAAACUAAUUUGAUAAAUAUAAAAUCAAACUUGAAUAAAAUCUUGAACGUUUUGUAAAUUUAAAACCUCAUUAUAUAUUAUUGAUGCCCUAUGUGGAAAC